GUCACACCGCUGGCGGUAACCAGCGAUGUAGUAAAUAUGGCCCAGAUAAGACCAAGUAUGAGGAAGAGAAAACAAUAUAAAGAUGUGUAAUACUCAAAUGAGCAAAUGUCCCAAAACUCGCGCUUGCGCAGCCCCGAAUUAAGCCAUCCCGCCUGUAUUAAUAGCGUGCGGUUGGCUCAUGGUCAUCGGCAUGCUAAGCGUUUGGAGGCUGUUGAACGUCUGUGUUUGCGGGUGGCUUUGGUUGGCGGGCGAAGCGGUGUGCGACGAAGGCGUGUUGUUGCUGUUGACGGCCGCAUCGAGCGACCCCGCAACAUAGGCGUUCUCAGACGUCGGCGAGGCGUCGUCGAGCGAGGACAGCUGGUCCUCGCCAGAGUACUGCUCCUCCUCUUCGCCCGAGUUGAAGUUGCCCUCGGUACCGUCAUUCCGGUCAUGAGUGCGCUUGUGUCUGCAAGGAAAUCCUUUGUCAGUCCCCGUCUCAUACCUAACAUGGCCUCAUCGGCUGGGGUGUUGGUUGUGCAGUGCUGUUGUGUUGUGACUAUUGGCGAUCUCUGUAGGGUUGGGUAAGGAUUGCUCCGCUCUUGGCGUGCCACUUGCGCAACAUUGCUGCUCAACUUCCCAACUGUCGACUGACGAAGGAAAUGAUACACCAAGGAAAUGAGGGGGGCAUACUGUGCGAGGUUGUCUGAUCUGGAG